GCCGCUGUCGCCACGGCAACGAGCAAACAGGAAGACGCCGUGGUGAUGAGUAAGGAAGGGAUAACAGCUGAUGCUGGGGCCCCUUGAGCUGCUUGCAAGCAGAGUGAAGGUGAGGAGAAGGGAUGUCUCGCAGUGUGCGGUGGCGGCGUGAGGCGAGCGACCUCGUGAGUUGGAGCCAAGACCAGGCCCUGAACACCACCAUGUACAUCCUGCGCCAGUUUGGACCCACCGGCUUCAUGCUGCAAGAGGAGGGGCAGCGUAGCACUGUCAAGGUUCUGCUAGGGGACCCACACCACUGCAGCUGCCAGACAUUUUGUAAAGAGAAGGACUUGUGCAAGCACAUUUGCUGGCUUCUCCUGAAGAAGUUUCGUCUGCCAAGGGAACAUGAGUAUGCUUUUCAGGUUGGCUUGGUUGCACGGGAAAUUGUGGAGCUGCUAAGUGGAUUGCACCACACGCAAGCUGCCCGGCCUGCCAACACCCAGCCCACGCACCUCUCCAACGUUGCCCAUGCUGGCAGUCACGCCUCUAUGGCCCAGAAGGACAUCGGCAUCAAUGACAUCUGUCCCAUCUGUCAGGAGGAGUUUUUUAAAAGGAGGCUGCCUGUCACAUACUGCAGGCAUGGCUGCGGCAACAGCGUGCACAUCAGCUGCAUGAAGAUGUGGGCUGACCACCAGACGAGGGAGGGCGAUGAUGGCUCGAUGACGCUCAGCUGUCCACUGUGCCGGGAGUGCUUUGGCACUUAUGCCCUGCUGCAGGAGGAGGCAAAUAAUGCUGAACAGCUAAUCACAGCUGCCGAGAGGGUCCGUCUACACAUUCAUUCUGGCAUUGCGUGCCACCACUGUCAAAUGCGCCCCAUCCAAGGAACCUGCUACAGAUGUGCAGAAUGCAUGGACAUACACCUCUGUCAGGAGUGCUUCUUGGCUCGCAAUCAUUUCCAUCACAUGUUCGUCUUUAGAAAAACACGAUCCUCCAGCUGGUGUCCGGUACAAACAGAGUGCGGGCAGCUGCUGCCCUCAGUGAAGCACCAGCGGACGAAUGCCAGGGAACAGGGCUGUACCAAUGCAAUUGCCUCUUGUCCAGGUGAAGCACUGCAGGAGAGUGCCCUGGCCUCGCUCCCCAUCCUGUCGGUGGGUCCGCGGAGUCGGCUCAUGGCUCCAGGACGACAGUGUCGUGUGUGCCUAAGGUCAUUCAGGCAGGGACAGCACGUGCGCCCUCUACCCUGCCGGCACAUGUUCCACAAGGACUGCAUUGACCGCUGGCUACUCAAUGUGUCUGGGACGUGCCCAGUGGAUGACCUGCCUUUGACCCAGCCUGCAUUGAGAGGUGCACACAAGGAAGAGGUGAAGUUGGGAGUGAGGCAGAGACUCCCAAAGCCAGAAGGCCUACCUGAAGGCUUCUUUCUCAGUGGGCUCAUGCUAAUUUCAACACACAAAUCUCAAUGAAAUGUAUAUAUGUGUCGUGGAUUCAACUAAGUCGCAGACGUACUUCUUGGAGGCAACACAUUUAUUAACACCAACACAUUUACACAAAGGGGUUACUGCCCCUUUACCAGAUAACCUAUGAUGGUGGACCACCAGGCUAACUAUGCUAGUUACUGGGAGUAGCUACAACGGACAGGACUCUGGCUUGGGUCCUCGUCCGCUUGUUGGUGACUUCUUCUUGGACGUAGAACGUAUAUCGUAGAUCUUCAGAUGACAACAGCAACGCCGAGAGCCCCGGUCCCUGUGGGGUCCCGGUUUAUAUGCUCCCAGGUCGUUGCGGUCUCCGCCCUUAGCCACGACCACCUUCGAGAAACCUCUUGUCGUUUCCCGACCCUUCCCGUAGGAUCUCACCCUGACACAUGACCACCCCCAUGCCCCCACCUGGGGCCCCUGUGUAGAUCUUACUUGUCACGUGCCUUCCAGGGUCAACCAGAGUGCCAUGGCCUAGGGUAACCUCAUCCCAUGGCUGACACUCUCACACUCCCUCCUGUAGGAGUCGGCACUGUACGCCACGCGUGGUGCCACUGAGCGCUAUCCCAGCGCUCACCGAGCCCCCUCUAGGGCUGGUACUACACCCACCUAUGGGGUGUCGGUGAUGUCAAUGCAUCGCACACCGUGCCUCGCUAGAGCCGGCAUUACUCAGUGACAUUCAUGAUGUUGCUACAUACGUGAUGUCCGCGAUGGGAGUACAUCGCACGCCGUGCCCCUCUAGGGCCGGCACCACACAGUGACAUCCACGAUGUCACUACAUAUGCAUGGGACUUCUGGCCCAGGUGUCACAGCAGAGGGUAGUGCGUUUUGGUUAGACCAGUCGCCCCGUUACACAGUAUUGACAUCUGCUUAUAGCAGAAUAUAAUUUGGUGAGCAUCAAUGCACAUCGGAACAUUGAUCAUAGAUACGGAACUUGUUCAUUAAAAUUAGCCCUUUCAGGUGGUCUUUUGAACACAGAAGAGUUGACACUGAAUGCAAAUUAUGGCAAGAAGCAGGUGACAGGUAUGCAGGUGGAAGCCAAGGGAUUGGCACCCAAAGGAUGGGGGGAGAGAGUAAGAUCAGUCUUGGAAAAACCUACAAAACCCCCUCCCACCUACGGCACUCCAAAUGGCUGUCUAAGGCCUUCAAAGGGAAAAGAGGAAAUAACUCUUAACUUGGUAUCUUGCCCACUAAAGAGGACACAGGCAGAGCUAUGCAAUGUGAUUUUAGUGAUCAGUCUGUUGAGAGCCAUGUUUAUGGAAACUCUAAUGGUCCAUACUUGGGAAGAGCUAUUUCCAGAGACCUGCCAAAUGUGAUAUGCCACAUGAAGCACCAGAAAGCUGCAGCCCUCUUGCAAGACCGGGCAGGGUUCUCCCCUGCCGACCCAUGCCUCAUUGCGACUCUGGUCCUCGCAGGAAUCAUGCUGAGAUACAGCUAAACAUUACUUGUUAAGCAAAAAAAGACAAUCACAGUCGUCCCUUUAUUUCUACAGGCCUAAAUUUACAACAUAAUGCCCAUUCAUUACUGGUGAAGAAUCAUCUGUUUAGAAAAUGUUAUUUUAUGGCAUCUGUUUUUAUUGCCAAACUAUAAUGAUGACAAGGGGAUGUUUAAACAUAAGAAUUCAGCUGAGUUCCAACUGAAUAACCUUGCCGACAUCAUACUUAUAUGCAUGCUGUAUUUCCAGAAAUAUAUUUAAAUAUAUGUAGACAAAUGCAUGCACUUUGGUUGUAAAACAUUUUGAUUAGUUAAGCCUUGGAGUCAUACGUGUUCAGCCAGUCGUAGACCAUAGCACCUCCGAUGAGCACGGUUGGCUACGUACGGUGUGAAAGAAGUUCAACAUACACACAUACAUACGUAGACCACCCACCCACAUGCCUACAUUCGGUCAGAGGUACGCCUCGGGCUUAUUCAGCAACUUUCACCGAACAUUGUAUAAGCUUGUAUCCCUCAAUCAAGGGACUUGAAGAAUGCAUAAUUACAGUAAGGAAUUGUGGACAGAUAAUAAUUUACAUUAGAUUUGUUUUACAUAAAACUGUCAAAUUCUGAUCCCUUAUUUCACAUUUAUCUCAUACGUGCUCAGUAAUUUACAUGUUUCAAUCAAAGUGAGGUUUUACCUUCAUUCAGCAUGUGUGAGAACUCAGUUUGGUGGUUCACAGAUGUUAUCAACUGUAGCACAGUGAUUAUUGUUGCCUAACAUGGUCACUAUCUGCAUUGGUGUGCAUGAUUAAAAAUUACAAUCUGAACAAAUAAUAUAGCAAUGCAAUUUGCCAAUCUACCAAGAGAGCAAAAGGUGCACCAACACAAAUGUAUUCAUAAGACAAACCCACAUAGGUGCCAAUUGACAGAACAGCAUUGCAACCUUAGAGACCACCAUACACAAUAAGGUGCUUUCUCCCUUCCCGUCCAAUCUGACAUGGCAUGUAAGGAAUGCGGGAGACUUUGCCUCCUUUUAACGUGGUGGUUCUUAAUCCUUUUGUCAUGGAUCAGAGCCCAGCCUGGGAAAGCGCCAAUUGCUGUUCCCAAGCCCACGGAGCAGGGAGACCAGCACGCACGCACAUUUUAUCCAGGGCAGUGUUUACUUCCUUGACCCUGCUGACACCGUCAUGACAACAACAUUGGGGCACACAUAUAUAUAUAUGUUCAUCUUCACUUUAACUUUUUCCACAUAAGUGUUGGUAAAAUGCAUAAUCUGACCAUACUCUUGCGACCAAAGUGGAUAAAAUGAACUGCAUAAAUGUAUGUAUCCUGUCACACCUAUAUAGAUUAUGCACGGAAAUCAGUGAACCAAAUAAUGGUCAAAUAUAGAGCUGAACCAGGUAAGGGUUAAUAGGAAAGGUAUUUUUUAUUUUGACUAAAUACAUAUGACUCUAGGACUACACCCUAUAAAACAGUCUACAUUCACAAGCUUUCCUCCUGAUGACGAUCGCUUGUGUUGUGAUCAAAACGUCGUAGUUUUUUGUCACUCUUUGGUUCUUUCAGUAAAGUCACGUAGGUAGAAAAAUAAAACAAAAUAUAAAGAAUAAAUCACGACGUUUCGAUCGCAACACAAGCGGUCGUCCUCAGGCAGUGGAACUGCUGGAUUAUUUUUUCUGCCUGAGGACGACCGUUUGUGUUGCGAUCGAAAUGUCGUGAUUUAUUAUAUUUGUUUUGUUUUAUUUUUCUAUCUACGUGACUUUACCAAACGACCCAAAGAAUAUGAAUUCCUGCAGUCAUGAAAGUUUUAAGUCAAAAUGUAACCAUUAUGCCUGGUUUUCGUAUAUUAUAAAAAGGUAUUUGAUUAAGUGAAAACGGAUGCAGCCAUCCAAGCUCACAAACCGAGGUCUUCAAAAAUUAUCAAAACUUUAGAAAGAAGGAAUUGCUGUAAUGAGAUUUUCAUGAAAAGUGUUACAAUAUAAAUCUGAAUAGAUGUACAACCAUUCAUUCAUGUGAUACAGAGGCGAGUUGGGCAACACCUUUGUACAGAGUUAACCACUGCUAUGCACUGCACUUCUUGAUAAUUAUAUGAAUACAGAAUAGUUAUGAUGGUAAAUUUAAGUUGUAUUUGACAUAUAUCCUUGUGUACUUGCAUAUUAGUGCAAUAAUUACCAUAAAUCUGAUUAAUGUUUCUUUCACUUAAUUUAACUGUGAAUGGUUUAGAAGAAAUGUGUCAAAGACAACUUACAUUGCAGGAAAUAUGUUUUUUUUAUAUAUAAUUGUGCAACUUUUUCAAUUUCUCCUGUUGUCUUUUAACUGAUUUUCUAUUUGCUUCAUUGGUGUACAAAUGAGACUAUCUUGGUCUCAAGUUCUAAUUGCUUAACAAAUAAACUUAACUUAACAGUACUUUGCAAAGUCGUCUUUGAAAAGUUUGUUACCUUUAAUGUUCGGGUAUUUAUCUCUGUAGGAUGUCACAUGGCCAAUAAUAAUACUGAGUUAUUAACCCAGUAUGCCUUCAGGGAAAUGGCAGCAAUAGGAUAGAGCCUACUGAUGCCUGUGGUAUCUUAGUGAGCCAUCAAGCCUGGGCAGGCAUUCUGCAGCCCAGCACAGAAUUCCCACAACCGCUGACCCACAAAAAGUUGGUUCUAUGCCAUUUACAUGAAGUAGACAAGAAUCCACUUGAGACCUGGGGCCUGUUAUUAGAUCAAAUUAUAUGGGAAUAAGUUGUCUUUCAGAAUAUCAGACACCAGCAGAUAUGAUCUCUUUUGUGAAGGGACAUACAUAGAUGACCACUAACUGCCCUUUUAAAAAACUAGGAUUUUGGAAGCAAAAAUGAUAAUCAGUUAUCACCCUCACCUGUGCCAGUGGAUUCAUUGGUAUUCAUCUUCUUCCAGGUAUAUGAGCAUUUUCCAGCAACCAAGCACAUUUGGUGAU